AUGGCGGCUGAGGAGCAAGAAGAAACUCCCUCCCAGCCCGAUCAGGCUUCCGAUGGUUGCGAUCCAAAGUUUGCUCAAUUGUACAUCUAUGAUACUGAGAAGGAGGUCAAUAAUAGAGUAAAGUCUGUUGGGAGGAGUAUUGCCGACAAUGAUCUUCAUUCAGAAAUAGUUGGCGAUAUUCAGAAUAUGUUGGAUGAAAACAAUGUUUUGGUACAAUCAUUCCGAAUGGUCAAAGAAAAGAUUAAUCAAGAAAAUCAACCCAAUGUAAGUUUAAGGUUGCUCGGUAAGAGAACUAGGGAUGGAAGAACUUAUAACCUACCUUCUGUCUUUGGGGUUGCUGUUCUUGUGGUGGGUGAUUUUGAUGAAGCCUUGGGUGAUAGAGAUAUUAUUGUUGAGACUCAAUCAAGGCAACUGCAGCGUAUUAGUGAACUUCAUCCUUCUUAUCUUGGUCUUCAAUAUCCACUUCUUUUCGCUUAUGGCGAGGAUGGUUAUAAAGAAGAUAUUGGUUUUUCCAAUUGUAGAAAUUCUUCCUCGACCCGUAGAAAGAAAGUUAGCCCAAAAGAAUAUUUUUCGUAUCGGUUGCAUGAGAGAAUUGGUGAGUGUAACAUUAUUUUGUACUCUCGGCGAUUAUUUCAACAAUUUAUCGUGGAUGCCUAUACGAUGAUCGAGUGUGGACGACUAAGAUUCAUUCGAUCUAACCAGAAAAAAAAUCUACGGGCUGAAAUGUAUAAUGGUUUGGCUGAGGCUGUUCUUCGAGGGGAGACAGAUGGCUCCAAUCAUGGUAAACGAGUGAUCUUGCCUUCCAGUUUUGUUGGUGGUGCACGCUAUAUGAUUCAGAAUUACCAGGAUGCCAUGUCAAUUUGUAGAUGGUUUGGGUAUCCAAAUUUGUUUAUUACAUUUACAUGUAAUCCUAAGUGGCCUGAGAUAGUUAGAUUUGUUGAAUCCAAGGGGCUGAAGUCGGAGCAUCGACCAGAUAUUGUUUGCAGGAUUUUUAAAGUAAAGUUGGAUAAUAUGAUAAGAGAUCUUAAGACAAAAAAAAAUUUUGGUGCUGUCAAAGCAGUUGUCUAUACUGUUGAAUUUCAGAAGCGUGGAUUGCCCCAUGCUCAUAUCCUACUUUUUCUAAGCAAUGAGGACAAACAACCUCAUCCUCGACGCAUUGAUGAGAUUAUUUCUGCUGAACUCCCUGAUCCAGUAAUUGAUCCCCUGUAUUAUGAUAAUGUCAAAGAAUUCAUGAUGCAUGGGCCAUGUGGUGUUAUUCGAAAAUCGUCUCCGUGCAUGGUUAAUGGUCGAUGUUCCAAAUAUUUUCCAAAGAAAUAUAUUGCGUCCACGUCGUUUGACGAUGAUGGUUAUCCUGUUUACAAACGUAGUGAUAAUGGUCGUGUUGUUUUGAAGGAUGGUGUGCCAUUAGAUAAUAGAUACGUUGUUCCUCACAAUCGAUAUAUAUCGUCAUGUGAAGCUGCUUGGAGAAUUCUUGGAUUUGAGAUUCAAUAUAAGGAUCCUUCUGUUGAAAGAUUGAGUUUUCAUCUUCCAAAUGAGCAACAUGUUAUUUUUGAGGAAUCUGAGGAUUUGGAUGAUGUUUUGAAUCGUAAAACAAUUCAUGAAAGCAAGUUUUUGCCUAGACAACAACGAUUUUCUAUUGGGAGGCUGUUUUAUGUUGCUCCUGGUUCUGGUGAUCUGUAUUACUUGAGGUGUUUGUUGAAUAUUGUCAAGGGAGCUACAUCAUUUGAAGACAUUAGAUUUGUAAAUGGUGUUCAAUAUGAUUCAUUUCGGGAUGCUUGCUUUGCAUUGGGGUUGUUGGAUGACGAUAAAGAGUAUGUUGAUGGCAUUGUGGAGGCUUCUUUUUGGGCAUCUGCGCAUUCCCUAAGACUAUUGUUUGUUAGUUUGUUGACCUCCGAAUCUAUUUCACGCCCUGAUGUAGUUUGGCAAAGUUGUUGGAAAUAUUUGUCUGAUGAUGUUCUCUAUAACCAACGAAAACUUUCAAAUCAUUCAGCUUUGAUGCUCAAUGAUGAUCAAAUUCAGAGUUUCGCUUUGGCCGAGGUUGAGAAAUUGUUGGCCAAUGUUGGCAAAAGUUUGCGUAACUUCAGCUGUAUGCCGUAUCCAAAUUCAGAGUAUUUUGAAACUCCUGACAAUAGAUUGAUCAGUGAUGAGUUAUGUUAUGAUCGUGAAGCUUUAGCAAGAGAACAUUUGGAAUUUGUAUCCAAGUUCACUGAUGAACAACUUCAUGUGUAUGAUACAAUAAUGUCAAGUGUUGAUUUAAAUGCUGGGAGAAUGUUUUUUGUAUAUGGCUAUGGAGGUACUGGUAAAACUUUCAUAUGGAAGACAUUGUCUGCAGGGAUUCGUUCGAAGGGUGAUAUUGUUUUGAAUGUCGCUUCCAGUGGAAUAGCUUCUUUAUUAUUGCCCGGUGGUAGAACGGCCCAUUCCCGCUUUAAGAUUCCUAUCAAUGUGAAUGAAGAUUCGAUGUGCAAUAUAAAACCAGGGAGUGCACUUGCUGAGCUCAUUUUGAGAGCUAAACUUAUUAUAUGGGAUGAAGCUCCAAUGAUCCAUAAACAUUGUAUAGAAGCCGUGGAUAGGAGUUUCAGAGAUAUUAUGCGUGGAUGUAAUGAGUUUAGUAUGGACCAACCUUUUGGUGGAAAAACUGUAGUUUUUGGUGGUGACUUUAGACAAAUUUUACUAGUUAUUCCUAAUGGUACAAGGCAAGACGUUGUCAAUGCUACCGUUAACUCUUCUUAUCUUUGGAGGAGUUGUACAGUUUUGAGGUUGACAAAAAACAUGAGACUAUUGAGUGUUCAAUAUGGUGAUGAAGCCUCCAAGUUAGAGGCUUUUUCCUCUUGGGUUGCCUCUAUUGGAGAUGGGGUUAUUGGUGGUCCAAAUGAUGGUGAAGUAUCUAUUCAUCUUCCUUCUGACAUUGUUUUGUCUAAUUCUGGAGAUCCUCUUAAAACCAUUAUUUCCAACAUAUAUCCUUCGUAUAUGAAUCCCCAUGAGUUAAGUAAUUUUUUGCAUGGUCGUGCAAUACUUGCUCCUACUUUAGAGGUAGUUGAUGAGGUUAAUCAAUUCAUGAUUUCAUUGGAAUUUGAGCUCUGA